UACUGCUGUGGUUCAUCACGCCGUUGAUGGAGGGAGAGGAGAGGGAGUCAUCUACUGUUGUAGGCGGUGGAUAUCCGAAGCCAGCUGAGGCUGGAGCAAGCACAGCCGACGAGGAGACUGCGGAGAUUAAUGUUUGUUCUUCAACUUCUUCGUCAACAUCACUGCCGCCGCCGCCAGCAACAACAGCGACAGCAUCAGCCUCAUCGACACCCGCAGCAAUAGCAGCACCUGCAGCAUCAGCAGCAGAAAAAGUAGCAACAGCAGCAGCAGCACCAACAACAACAACGGCACCGCCAAUAAUAGCUACAGCAGCAGCAACAGCAGCAGCCGCCGCAGACAAUGCUGUCGAUGCUAGUUCCGCCGCAUCCGAUCCCGUGCUCGGAGUGAAGGAGGAGGAGGUGGAGCAAGUGACAGCCGCAAAAGAGGAUGGGGGCGCUACAUGCACAAAGGAAAGGGACGAGGAAGAAGGCGUGGCGGCGGUCCGAGUUAAAGAAGCGCCUUCGGCAGUACCACCGUCGCAAACUGAUGAGCUUCGGAAGGCGUUGGUGGGGUUCUACAGCGUCCACAACCCGGGCAGGAUAGCCAACCUAGACGCCAUCCUGACGCAGUACGCGGGUAAGGAAGGGUUGCUGAUCGAGCGCCUCGAGCACAAGUACUCGGCCGACCUGUCUUACGCCAGGCGAGCGCCAGCAACGGCACCGAUAACACCGGAAGGGGGGAUGCCACCUCCUGUCUCCGAUCACCACAAGCCUCUGGCGGCGAGAUCACAACACCAGCAACAGCAACCACAACAACCAAGGCCGACAAGCUCGGCGGCAGCAGAUGGAGCGGGGGCCGCAGCGCUGUCCCAAUCCCUCUCACUGCAGCCCUCGAUUGCCCCCGCCCCAACACCAACCCGGGAAGCUCUCUCGGCGCACGGGGGAGGAGGAGGAGGGGGGGGGG